UUCAUGAAAAAAUGGAUGCAGAAAAUAAGAGUAGAGCAGAUCUUGCUCUCCCAAAUCCACAAGAAUCCCCCAGUGCACCUGACAUUGAGCUCUUGGAAGCAUCUCCUGCCGGUGAAGCUCUGCCAGGGAAGCCAGCACCACCCCCACCACAGCAGACAUGGCAGACAGUUUUGAAGAGCGAUUUGGAGUUCCUGGGGGUAACACAAAUUCUGGUUGGUUUGGUAUGCCUUUGUUUUGGAACAAUUGUCUGCUCCUCAGUGUACAUGUCAGACUUUGAUGAUGAAGUGCUUCUGUCGUAUAGAGCAGGCUAUCCAUUCUGGGGAGCAGUGCUGUUUGUUUUGUCUGGAUUUUUGUCAGUUAUGUCUGAAAGGAAAAACAGCCUGUAUCUGGUGAGAGGAAGCCUGGGAGCAAGCAUUAUCAGCAGCAUUGCUGCAGGAAUAGGGAUCAUCAUACUGAUUCUCAACCUGAGCCACAAUUCUGCCUAUCUGAAAUACUGUAAGGAUCUAAAUGAGGAUGAUGGCUGCUUUGUGACUGCUUUCAUCACAGAAAUUGUGUCGAUGAUGCUGUUCCUCACCAUGCUGGCCUUUUGUAGUGCUGUGUUGCUCACUAUCUAUAGGAUUGGAGAAGCAUUCAAGAGUAAUAAGGUCACAGAUGAUCGUCUUUAUGAAGAACUAAAUGUUUAUUCACCAAUUUACAGUGAGUUGGAAGACAAAGGGGAAAUGCCUUCUCCGGUUGGUUCUUAAGAAUUAGGGGACCAGAACAGUUCAAUUCAUAGUAGAAUCCUGAAAGACUUUUACAAAAUUAUGGAAAAAUUAGUUUGCUCCACUUUCUGUCAGUUUUACCAUUAUUCUCCCAUGCCAAUGUUUUAGUAGGCUGCCUUUGAUCCUCUAAAUAUCCCCCUUUUGUGGAUAGCAUCCACUCCAAGUUUCUUGUUUUUUGUGUCACAAUCUUACAAAAAUUUGUUCUGAAAAGCCAUCAAGGAAUUAGUUAGCUUUUAUUGUAUGUCUACGACCAUGAACAAAAAGAAAACAAGGAGGAAGUAGGCUGAGAAAUUAACUAAACUUAGAAAAUCAGGUAAUACUUUUUUUUUUAGUUGUUCAUAGAAUUCUCAACAGAUAUAGCUGGACAUGAUAUACAUCUACUAUUAUUCACCCCUACUUAUGUAUGUGUUUUAACAUGAUAUAUAAUUUUUAUAUGGAAAUAUUUUGAGCACCAGUAAUAAUGGCUUUUUCAAAGAUACAACAUUUUACAAAAAUCGUAUAUUUUCUGACCCAUCAGUACAUUCACUAGCAUAGUAAUUGUUCAGUGGUAUUUACCAAUAGAGAAUAGGGAAUGUUAUAAAGUCAUUCAGUCUAAUAUGAUGGAUAGACAAAAUCAAGGGCAUUCUGAGUGUAUAUACCAUUCAGCUAGACACAUGUGAUGAAUGAUAAAUAAAUUGAUGAAGACAAAUUGAAAAGCAGUCAAUGGAAAUGGCAAGAAGUGUUCAUGUAUGUCGAUAGUCUGGGCAUGUAUGCCUAGAAUCCCAGCACAAGGCCAGCCUCUUUACAUAAUGAGUUAGAAGCCAAUCUGGGCUACACAGGAUCCUACAUCAAAGAAUCAAAGAGGAAAUUGGUUCAAGUUGUUAACACCUCAAAAGAUAGUUAAACAGAUAACAUUUGACUGGUAUAUUGAGUGUUUGAGUCUUUAAUAAGACUGAAUAUUAAUAACAUUGCCAGGAAGGGAAGCAGUAAUAUAGAAAUCUGAAUGGUGGAAGAGUAUCAGAGGCAAACUAAAUAUAUAA